AUGACGUCGACCAAUGAAGCGGCCACCGUGGUGCCUUCGCGACUAGAGAAGCCACUACGUCUUCAUAUUCCUUUCGAAAGCACCAAUGCGCAACGUGUGCGUGCAAUUUGCUCGUCGAAUGUCGCACCAGGCGCCACGAAAGACGCGAUUAAAGAUGACGGAUCUUCGGACAUGCGAAGCCAAACGUGUGUUGAAUUUCUUCAUAUAAUGAAGGAAUUUUCUGAGAGUUCAUGUGAUGCGAAUGAGACUGUCCAACGUGUGGAUUCGCUUGUAAAUCAGGAUGAAGAGCUAUUGCGACUGUUCCCACUAUCGCGUACACAGGAAGAAGAUGAAGUAGCACAACGACUUGAAGAUGAUGAUGAUACUAUUGCUAGAAUAGUAGCUAAUGAAAAUGAAAAGGAGAUGGACAUGCAGGACGAUUUGCAGCGUUGGAUGGAUCUUGAUCUUGAUGAUAUUGAUCAACACAUGGACGUGUUUGACUUUCAACAUCCGGAAUUACUUGCACUUAAUGAGAUCACGACGAAUGCAAAGAUCAGUAACAUGACGACAGUAACGCCAAUGAUUCCACCUACUGCGUCGCCGUUCAUGAAACGUGGUACUAAUGGAUUUUUACAGCAGAAGACGACUGAUGCAGCAAAAACUAUGACGGAAGGUGUACGAGGACAGGACAUGACAAUCGUAUCACACAAGCUACUUACUGUUGCUGUGACCAACUCACCACUUAGUAACACGUCUGUCACUGCUGCACUAUUUGAAGAUGACGACGACGACUUGGACCUCGUGCUGGGCAGUACCGCGCUAUCUUCUGGCCCGCCCGUCAAGCGUGCGAAGCUAUCACGACUAACCAGCACACAAGGUUUGCCGGUAUCAGUUUUGCCGGAUGUGGGAAACAAAGCUGUAACAGACGACGAGAGCAAAAAGGAUGAAGAUGAAGAAGGUUAUGUGUGGGGUAUGGAGAACGACAAGUACGAGCGUGAUCUGCUCUCGUCGAUAGAUCACGCUGUGCUGUGCGACCGUGAGAACCGGUUUUUGCAGUGGGAUUUGGAGGCUGCACAGCGCCGUGAGCAACAAGAGCAGCUGAUGUUGCAGGCUAAUGGUGUGACUCGGAAAGCAUCGACUUCUGCGGGCAUGGAUGCGCGAGCUGCCAUUGGAAUAAAUAUGUCUUCGAAAUCGACCAUUAAUGAGCUCACGAUGAUUCAAACCCAGCGUUCGCUUCACCAAACUAACGGUAACGUUAUGGCUUCGAGCCCUAUUAGUAGCAAGAGCCCAUCGAAUGUAGAUGUUGUCGAAGAUUGGAAUAGCUUGGAUUUUGGUACAUUCCAGAACCGCACUGUAAGCCAUAUUCUGAGCUCCUGUCUACACAAGAGGAAGCUGCACCACCCUUACAAGAAUCAGGUGCAGCUUGUGAAUUUUAAUGUCCCAAGCAACGGCGAGGAUAAUUUGGCACAUGGAUUGGGGUCACGAGCGCACCAGCUUGGUGGGUCUUUAGCGACAAGUCUUGCCUUUGGCGGUCAGCAACACGGUUUUGAUGGCACAGACGGGUCAGCUAUAUGUGGGUUUGUGCCUCUGCUUGCUACCGGUCACGAAAACGGACUUGGUAGCGGCAAAUCCUCUGGCAAGGGGGAGAAGAAGACGCCGAAAAAGCGCGAAGAACGCAAGCGGCUUAUGACACUUAAGAUGCAGGAAACGUUUGCUGAUCUAGAAGGGACGUUUUCGGAGCAAGACCUUGAUGUUAAAGGGAUUGUGGGGCCUGGCGCAUCACUUUCCAAGAUGGCUUUGUCUAAGCUUGAGAAUCUGCCGCUGCCGGACCUGACGAAUCUUCCUCAAGACCUGCGCGACCUAAAGCACAAAAUUGAAGCCACUGAGCACAAGGUGGAAGGCACGAAACAUCGUCACCGUAAGGGCGGUCCGUGCCCACGCUGCCAGGUGCAAAAUCAAUUGCGUGCGGCUAAGCGUGCAUAUCACAAGCGUGCCGUGGCGCACAAGAAGCUGCCGCAUGUGGUGGUAAAUGCAGUCAAUGACGAGGCUCAAGAAGCUGCUAAUGCACAUGCUGCUGCUGCUGCUACGCUGGAACUUGCCGGUAGCGUCACUGCAGCAAUGAAGGCCGCCGCGAGUGCAGGGGCAAGGAAAGGAAUUAAUGGGUCUUUAGCUGCUUGCGGCAAUGGAACUAGUGCUAAGGCUAGGUCUGCGUUCAGUGACGUGGCGAGUUUGUCGACUGGAGUAUUGAAACAAAUGCAACGACCUGCGGCAGUUUCUGUCUCGUCACCUUCUGGCUCGUUGUGCUCGACGUCUUCGGUGGCAACGACCGGUACGGUGGGCUCUACCAGCGGAUUUUCAUCGUCAUCUACAUGCGGUGGUGUCUCGCCACCGCCAUCUUUGUCGUUUCAAGCGCGUGUUCGAAGUCCGUAUGCAAAAGCAUCAUCAUCAGCAAUGCCAUUUUCGUCGCCGUCGUCGGUGUCACCAACUUCAGCGUCGAACCCGUCAUCUCCCGAGCAGACGCCACCUCAGCUGCAACAUGUUACUGUGUCGUCUGGCUAG